AUGGCUAAUAACAGUAACGACUUUUACUCGCGUCUUGACUUCCCCCAUCCUCCCGCGCACGAGGAUUCUUCAGACGACGAAACCGGCCCCCUUGCUCAACCUCCAGUACCACCACAUCAGCAACCCUACGAUCCUCAUUAUCAACCUCCUGUACCGAUGGAUCAUAGAACUCCAUCACCGGCUCAUCCACUUGCUGGGUAUCAGCAAGGUGGUGAGAUGCCGUAUAGACCUCAAAGGCAGAACACGGGAGGGUAUCCUGCUGCAGGAGCUGCUAUGCCAGAUUGGCCUGAUGAUGGGAAUAGGCUUAUGGCUCAACCUACCUAUUCGCCACAUACGCCCGAAGACGGAUAUCCUUUAACGCACUACAACACCCAACCAGCUCCCUACGCCGACGACGAUGACAGACGGCCGAUUCUGGACCCGCACUCGCAACUGAAUACCCCUCUACAGGGACAUAAUGACCCAUACUUCCCGCAAAGCACUCCGUCGCCUGUUGGAUCAACGCCAACUCCCGGACCUGGUUUGCGCAGAUGGAAAACUGUAAAGAAAGUAGAGCUCUUUAACGGGAACUUGGUCCUGGAUUGCCCAGUACCGAAGAAGCUACUGGCAAUGCUGCCUCAGAAGAAAGAGCGUGAGUUCACUCACAUGAGAUACACAGCGGCGACCUGCGAUCCUUCAGACUUCGUUGAAAAGAAAUUCACGCUCCGCCAGCAACUCUUCCAGAAGCCGAGGCAUACUGAGCUGUUCAUUGUAGUAACCAUGUAUAACGAGGAUGAAGUCCUGUUUUCAAGGACCAUGGCUGGUGUAUUCAAGAACAUCGCAUACCUAUGUUCUCGCACCCGUUCCCCAACCUGGGGUGCAGACGCUUGGAAGAAGGUUGUUGUCUGUGUCGUGAGCGACGGACGUGGUAAAAUCAACCCUAGAACUAGAAGCGUUCUAGCUGGUAUGGGCUGUUAUCAGGAGGGGAUCGCAAAGACAAGGGUCAACGAAGAUGAUGUGACGGCGCAUAUCUACGAAUAUACUACUCAGGUUGGUAUUGAGCUCGACAACAAGGACAUGGUGAGGCUUAGCGCUACCGGCAAGAACGCCGUUCCGGUGCAGAUGAUCUUCUGCUUGAAGGAGCGUAACCAGAAAAAGAUCAACUCCCAUCGUUGGUUUUUCCAGGCAUUCGGACGAGUUUUGGACCCGAAUGUAUGCGUACUCAUUGACGCCGGAACGAAACCGGGCGGGACGAGUAUCUACCAUUUGUGGAAAGCAUUUGACAUCAACCCGCAGUGCGCCGGAGCAUGUGGGGAGAUCAAGGCAAUGUUGGGGCCCGGAGGACGAUACCUCCUGAACCCCCUUGUAGCGACUCAGAACUUUGAGUACAAAAUGUCCAACAUUCUUGACAAGCCACUUGAGAGUGUAUUCGGGUUUAUUUCCGUGCUCCCUGGUGCGUUCUCGGCGUACCGGUAUACCGCAUUGCAGAACGAUCUUAGCGGACAGGGCCCAUUGGAGAAGUACUUUAAGGGAGAAAAGAUGCAUGGUAGUGAUGCAGGCAUUUUUACGGCGAAUAUGUACUUGGCCGAGGAUCGUAUCCUGUGUUUCGAGCUCGUGUCGAAGCGAAAUUGCAACUGGGUGCUGCAGUAUGUCAAGAGUUCGUCUGCCGAGACGGAUGUGCCGGAUGAAAUGAGUGAGCUGAUUCUUCAGCGAAGAAGAUGGCUGAACGGAAGUUUCUUCGCGGCGAUUUAUGCAUUGGCGCAUACAUUCGAUAUUUGGCGGAGUAGCCACUCCAUGAUGAGGAAAAUGGCUUUCUUGGUCGAGUUCUUUUACCAGACUGUUUCUAUGCUGUUUUCGUGGUUCGCUAUUGGCAAUUUCUUCUUGGUAUUCAGAAUUUUAACAGUUGCUUUGGCCGAACCUGCGUUGGGUUUCACGCCAGGGAGAUAUCUCAGUAUUAUUUUCGAAUGGCUGUACCUGGGAACAUUACUUACAUGCUUUGUCCUGUCACUUGGAAAUACACCAGGUGGUACGAAGAAGCUGUACAUGACAAUGGUUGUCUUCUGGGCUAUUAUCAUGUUGUAUCUUCUGUUUGCGGCCGUGUUUAUCUCAGUCAAAUCUGUGAUGUCAGAGCUGGCCCAAAAUAACGGGAACUUUGCCUUCAGCAGUCUCUUCUCGAACCAGCUUUUUAGAGAUUUAUUGGUCUCGUUAUGUUCGACCUAUAUCCUCUAUUUUGUAGCCUCUUUCAUGUUUUUUGAGCCAUGGCACAUGUUCACAAGUUUCAUUCAAUAUCUCCUGCUCUCACCCUCGUAUAUCAAUGUCCUCAACGUCUAUGCCUUCUGCAACACACACGACAUUUCUUGGGGUACUAAAGGUCCCGACGUUCCCCCACCCAUCAAGGGCGGAACUGUCACCACUGUCGACGGCAAGGCCGACAUGAAUGUGCCCACUGAUGAUAAGGAUCUCGACGAGCAAUACGAAUCUGAGUUGCGAUCUCUUGCCAUUAAGCCCGAAAAGGAAAUCGAGAAGCCCAGCGAAACGCAGAAACAGAAGGAUUACUACGCAGGUUUCAGAUCGUGUGUCGUGCUUGUGUGGAUGUUUACAAAUUUUGCGCUUGCUGCUGGGAUCCUGAACUCUGCUGGGUUGGACCGUAUGACGGAUAACGAUGCCGCUGUGGAAUCAGAGAGGAGUAAGGUGUAUCUGGCGGUCGUGCUGUGGAGUGUGGCGGGGUUGUCGGCGUUUAGGUUCUUGGGGUGUAGUUGGUUCUUGAUUUUGAGGCUGUUCCGUGGUGUUUAA